AUGCCAGGCAACGGCGGAGCUACAGUGCAAAGAGUGGUAAAAAGGUGCCUCCUUUCGCCUUUGCUUUUGAGUGAGUACACAUCACCGUCUCACGAAAACGACACGCUCACAAUCGUUAGCAUUGAUGGUGUCCUCCUGCACGUAGCAAAGCCCAUCCCCGGCGCUUCGGAGAGUCUGCAGUAUCUACAGAAGAAUGACAUACCCUUCAUUCUUCUCACCAAUGGCGGUGGAAAGCAUGAGAAGGAUCGCGUUGCUCAGCUCAGCCAGAAGCUGAAUGUUGAGCUUUCGACCGAGAACUUUGUUCAAUCUCACACGCCAUUCCAGGAGCUCGUUCAUGGUGUUGAAGGACUGGGCGACAAGAACAUUUUAGUCAUAGGCUCUGACGCGGCAAAGUCUCGCACGAUCGCCGAGGCCUACGGAUUCAACAAUGUGAUCACGCCGGCGGAUAUAUUGUCAGCCCAUCCGACUAUUUGGCCUUUUGAACCUUUAAUGGAAGAGUUAUAUGCUGCGACUGCGCGACCGCUACCAAGUGCGCAGCCGAAGAUCGACGCGAUAUUCGUGUUCAACGAUCCUCGUGAUUGGGCAUUAGACAUACAGAUUAUCACAGAUUUGCUUUUGUCAGAAAACGGAGUACUUGGGACUUACUCCUCCAAGAAUGGCAAGUUAGGCUGGCAGAGUGAUGGCCAACCGCCCUUGUUCUUCUCAAACCCUGAUCUUUUCUGGAGUGCUGCUUACCACCACCCUCGGUUCGGGCAAGGCGCCUUCCAAGCUGCAGUCGCUGGAAUAUGGCGUGAGAUCACAAACGGUGUAGAUCUGAAACGGACUGUCAUUGGCAAGCCAUAUCGGCAGACAUAUCGAUAUGCUGAGAGGGUGCUGAACAGCCACCGUGCCAAGGUCCUAGGACUGAGCAGCAUGGAGCCGUUGGGCAGAGUUUACAUGGUCGGCGACAACCCAGAGAGCGACAUUAGAGGCGCGAACGAGUUCAACAGCCCUGAUGGCACAAAAUGGACCUCGGUUCUAGUACGCACAGGCGUGUGGAGUGCGGAGCGCGGAGAACCAACGUAUCGCCCAAAAAUGGUCGUUGACGAUGUUGCUGCGGCGGUGGAAUGGGCACUGAAGCAGGAAGGGUGGCGGCAAUAG